CGGCUCGUUGUCCAUCGAGAAACUAUCUUCAACCUGUCCUCUUGCAUCUAAUUGCGCAUGUAUCCACCCCACCGUGACAUUGCGCAAACGGCGAUGGAUGCAAACCCUAACGACGCAAUCAUGUACGUAACCCUUCGACCUCAAGUAGCAGCGAUCCUAACUCGACGAGCAGUGAGACAACCGAGCAAGAAGCACUAUUCCCUGACGCGAACCAAGCGAUUGCAUCAGCAUGUGUAACAUCGCUCACCUACCAGCCGCCGGACUGCAUGGACUUCAUGUCGUCUUCGUCGGAUGAUGAUGUUGCCAGGAUGGAAGAUGUGGAGCUGACAACAGGCACCACAGCCGCCGCGCCCACGCCAGACACGGAGCAAGUCGAUGGCGGAGGGCGCGUGCUGGUCUCGCAGGAAGAGGACGAUGCGUUCGUGACAGCAUCGCCCGCGCCUGGUGCUGGUCAGGAAGGAAGCCGAGGGCAUAUGCCUAGGUCGGCUACCUUGGAAAGGCAGAAUGCGGAUGGCGAAUCCAGACAACAUCUCGACCGCAUCGAGGUUCCUCGGUCCGGCCGGCCGAAAAGGCUGCGCCAGAUCAACUUCCAGUCCUACGACCCACCUCGAAGCUUCAUGGUUCCCGGAGAUAAGAAAACUUAUGUUCAAUGCCCCUACUGCGACGAUAAGGUGGUUUCAAGGAACAACUGGACCGCCCAUCUGCGAGGACAUGGACUGCAGGGUCCGAUAAAGAACAUCAAGUCUACUACAGGUGCAAGGUUCACCUGUCCCUACUGUCAGAAGGAUUUCGCCGUCACCAGCCGACGCAAACAUUACCAGAAUAAGCACCCUGAGCACCUGUCCACCGCGAAGGACGCAAGAGGCGCCGAGACCGACGGUACCAGUGGAGAAGACGACCUUGCUGACGAGCCAGCAGAAGGUGAUCCCGACGCCGAAACUAUUCUCGCGCCCAGUAGCGAGUUUUCCGACCCUGGCGUCGGAUCCCGUGACUUGGUAGAAGGCCUUCUUCAGACAUACGUCCCGUCCAUGAUGGCCGCCCACGAAGAAGCCAUUCGCAACAUGCAAAUGCACCUCGAGCAGUACGGUGAGGAGGAAUCCUGUUUCGCCAGGGAACUUCCGACCUAUAUGGAGGAAUUUCGGAGAGUCAGGGUCCUUAGCCCUUGUACGCUGUGGGAGUACCGCGAGAGAGUGGCGGCCGGCGAUACCUUCGAAUGUGGCACGUUCAUCUUCGCCACUGCGGAGCAGUGCACGGAGCUGCUCCGCGAGGCACCGCUCCGGCUGCCCAUACUGGUGCCAAACGAGCUAAAAGGCGGUCAAACGAGGCCUGCCGAAACCAUGGAACAGGCCUUCCGACUUCUCAGCACGUUCAGAGUGAUCGAGUGCCACGACUUCCGUUUGCCUCCAUCGGACGAGAAAUACACAUACCCGGCUCAGUUCGAGUUUGCGCACUUCAAGCGCAUCUUCAACGACGGGGAAACGUUCCUCAACUGCCUCGACCUCCGACCCGGUAGGGACAUCGGCACAGAGCCGAUCAUCCGGGACGUUCCCGGAUACAAUGUCCUAAACUUCGUGACCGAGGACGAAACGUCUGGAAAGGACAGUCGCAGCGACCCACGGGACCUGAGCAACGGCACU